CACCUCCAUGCCUUUACUUUACACUUUCAAUUGAAACCCACCACCACAAAAACCGGGGCAACUCCCUACCCCCUCUCGUCUCUCAAUCCCAAUCCCUCUCCCCCUAAACAACCCUUCCAAAAGCGCAGUCAAAAUGGUCGACAUCCUCCCCCUCAGCUCCUACCCAUCCUACAUCGACCUCCUCCCCUCCAUCCAGACCUGCAACAUCACCAACCUCCCCGAGAACUACUUUCUCAAAUACUACCUGUACCAUGCACUGACCUGGCCGCAACUGUCAUUCGUCGCCGUCGUGCGCCCUAAGAACGGGUACCGCCAGAAUGGCGGCGCCGACGCCUACCCGAAAGUCGUCGGCUAUGUGCUGGCCAAGAUGGAGGAGGAGCCCACGGACGGGGUCGCACACGGCCAUAUCACCAGUCUGAGUGUGAUGCGCACGCACCGUCGGUUGGGCAUCGCCGAGCGGUUGAUGCGGAUGAGUCAAAGAGCAAUGGCCGAGUCGCACCGCGCGCAAUACGUCUCGCUGCACGUGCGCGUCUCUAACACCGCCGCCCUGCGGCUGUACCGCGAUACCCUCGGCUUCCAGGUCGAUAGCGUCGAGAGCAAGUAUUACGCCGACGGCGAGGAUGCGUACGCCAUGCGCAUGGAUCUGUCCGACAUGUGGGUCGACUGGGCCAAGAUCGAGCGCGAGGACCGCGAGCGCGCCGCCAAGGAGGAGAAGGACGGCGACGAGGGGGAGGCGGUCGGUGAGCUGGGCAAAGCGGAUGAUAAGAAGGACCAGGAGAAGAUGGUGCGCGUCAAGGUUGGUCGCGGGCUGGGGGUGGGCGAUCUGGUCGAGAAAAAUGAGGCGGUACAGGCGGGUAACUAAAACUUCAUGGAAAAGCGAAUUCGGACAUCAGAAUCAUACAAAUAGUUGGCGAGCGAUAGAGGUUUAUGCUGAGGUUGAGGUGUUCCAAGGUGCUCCUGAAAAUGACUAGUGCCAACAUGCUGUAUGUACAUGCCACAACUCCGCAGAAGAAAUGCCUCGGCUUCGAACCCAAUACACAAGAGAUAGACAG